AUGCCUUCUCCAUCCAGUCCAUUGGAAUAUCGGCCAACUCCACAUCUUAUUCUUAUCAUUAUUUUCGUUUUCCUUCCACUGAUUUAUUUGUGCGGACGACUGGCUGUCACAUCAUGUUUUAUGUUGUUAUUUGUCCUUAAAUCGAUGUUCUCACCAAUUUUGCAGUUAUUCUAUGGGAAUGAAUUGAUUCCCAUUCCACAGAUCGGUUAUGUACCGCCAGUACGAAUAAUGGCAAGUACAGUGCAGGAAGCACAGGUAGAGCAGUCUUCGGAUGAGCAGCUUACUGAUGAAAACGAUGGAGAACACGAACUAAUCAACACGGUAAAAAUUACUGAUGACUUUAUCAAAGCGCAACCUAAAAAUCCAACUAAUGCGCAACCUAUUCAGUCUCGUUUGGAGAUUCAAACAGGUUUAUCUUUGCUAAAAGGUUUUCAUGAUUCGGAACAUGAUUCUGGUAAUGAUGACCACUCAGCAUUAUCUGCAAGUUCAACAGCGACAACUUCCACCAAUCAAACCUUGGACAUACCGGGAGCGGAAAGUAUGCAAAGCCAUAGUAUUUUUAAGCGAUCGAUUCAGUGGCCGCGGCAUCGAGAUAAUUCUUCCCGAACGAAUGACAUGUAG